GAGUAUAAAAACACUUAAAACCGGUGUUUUUUUUAAUUCGAAUCGUAACACCGGUGGUUAGUGGUUAUCAGUUGACAACUCUAGUAAAGUAAAAUGGCACAUACAUAUAAACUUACAUAUUUUGACCUCACCGCAAGGGGUGAACCAAUUAGAAUGAUUUUAAGCUAUGGGGAAAUUCCGUUCGAGGACAAACGUAUCCAGUUUGCGGAUUGGCCAAAACUGAAGCCAACUACUCCUCUUGGCCAACUUCCAGUGUUAGAGGUCGACGGUAAGCCAAUCCCUCACACCAUUGCAAUCCUUAGGUACUUGGCGUCAAUAGUAAAACUCGAUGGCAAAGAUGCGAAGGAAAAUGUUGUGCUAGAUAUUGCAGUGGAAACCCUUUUAGAUUUACAAAAACUGGGCUUCGAAAUAAUGUUUGAAAAUGACGCGGCUAAGAAAAAGGAAAAAGUUGAAAAAUUAAAACAACUAUUACCUGUUUAUUUUGGAAAGUUAGAAGAAUAUGCUAAGAAACACAAUGGUUAUAUAGCUUUUGAAAGGAUAUCAUGGGCUGAUAUUCUAUUCGUUUGCGUGUAUGAAUUGUUAGCCAAUGUUGCAGGUAAGGAAGCCGUAGCUUCUUACCCUAGUUUACAGCAAGUGAAGAAGAAUGUUUUAGCAGCAAAAGGUGUUAAUAAAUGGAUUAAAAAUAGACCAGCAGUCCAGGGAUAUGAUUUAAAACAAGAUCUUUAAGAAUUUACUCUAAAAUUUUUGAUUUAAUAAAAAUAUUUAUUAUAUAUUGAUAUUUAAUUUAUACAUACAAUAA